AUGGCAAAUACAUCAAGCAACGAUCCAAAGCUUAUGGAUGUUGAGCCUGGAGGAGAGGGACCUCAGUAUGGAGGCAAACAGAUAGUCGAUCCCCCAAAACCAACUUCAAGUGGCCAAUUCGGUGCUACCUCAGAGAAGUCCGAAUCCGACCAAGCUGCAAGCGAAGAAAAGAAGGCUCGAGGUGAGAAGACGGCAGAGAAUAUCAGAUAUGGAGAAGCCAUCAGCGAACAUGGGUUUGGAGGAGAGACGACGACAAAUUCGGGGGGUGUAGAAGAUGGUUCGGAGACACAAGAUGCGAAGCAGACGAGAAGGGAACAAGGGUAUGGACCUGGGAGUGGUGUUGGUGCGUAG